UGCUAUGUAACCCAGACGGAGUUUCAGCUCUGCUUCACAAAUAGCUUGGCACUAUAAUAUGCCGCUAAAUCUAUUUAUAGACACAAUCUCACCUAGGCCUAGUAACCUUGAACAGUUGCUAGGGAAGGCUGAAUCGGGAAGUCUGAUGCUCCUAAAUGUCAGGCAGCGAGUAGACUUCAGUGUGACACCGGCGGGGCAGGGUUGCGCUGGAGGCGGCGUGUGGCUCCCCCACACCUUACCUGGUUGCAAAACGCCAAGGUGGGCCGCAGAGUUUCGCAGGACUCUCUGGUGGUGACAAAGAGAGCUGAGAGCAUAACUUCCUGUAUUAUUCUGGGAAUGAAUCAAAGGAGAUCGCCAUGGCGCCGGUAGAUGACGGUACUAAUUUAUGGAGCCAUGGCAUUUAUCCGGGAGGGCGCGAAGCUGUUGGGAAGUGAAGGUGAGCUGGUAAGGAACGUGCUCAACCGGAGUGCAGAUGAAGGGAAGGCGGACUGAGGCUGGCAGACCACUGAAAAUGUAAUCAAACAUACUUUUUUCAGUUUGUUUAAAAAUACGACAAGCCUGCCGUUCUAUUGCAUUCAGUUAUAUUCGCUGCAAUAUUCACGACAUACUGUGUUUUAUAAAAUAACAUUACUAAACGCUGCCGUGCAGAGUGUUUGUGACUGACACGAGCAGUGAAUGACAGAAACAGGAGUAUUUUGGUGAACAAACUUUCAUGACCGUGACCAGCCCUCAUGGCCCCUCCACGUGUGCCUCAGGCUGGCAAGGGGGGCACCUCCUUCACUGUGGCCUUCACUGCACCCACUAAACGCCCUGGUAUAUCCACUGGGGGGCACAAACGGCCCAGCAGGAACCCACCUCAAAGCAGGAUAACGCCUCCUAGAGUCACCUCUGUAAAAAAGCAGUCAGUGGGCGUGAACCUGAAGGGGCCUCGACAAGGGGAGCGCGACGGAAGCAGGACCGAGAAUAUGGCGUUUGACCCUGGGGGAGGCGGCGCUGCAGCAGGGGCGGUGGGGGAGGAGGUACCAAGACGCCCCAGGAUACGCCCCGCCCCGCCCCUCCCCAAACCUGAACCGAAGAUAGUGAAGCCCAAAGGGAAGAUGACGCAGAAGGGGUUCGAGCCAGAGGAUUACACCUUCUUUGACCGUGCCUUUGGUGAACUCUCUCAACAUUACCUGCAGCUGAAGACUCGCGCCCAAGCAGAGCUCGUCGCUUCCUCGUCAAGAAGUGGCCAGCCGGGGCCUCAGUGGCACUCCAGGCGAGCCGAGACCCAGGCAGACAGCAGUGCGCCUCAGGGUUCACAGGUAUUCCGAAGUAGACUCUCAAAAUCCGACAGUAAUAAGAAAUACCCUGAAUCCCUGAGCGAGGAGUACCGUCCGUCCCGCUCGGCGCCAGCAAGGGUCAUCAGAGGGCGGCGAGUGAUCACAGAGAGUCCCGCCACUCCUCAAGGAAGUCCUGCACAGCACAAAAAGGCAUCUGGGAAAAAGUGUCUUGUGAGCCACAAGAAGCCGCGUCCAGCUUCCCUCGGGCCUGGUGUGAACAAGCAGGCAGGCAGUGAGCAGGCCCCGCCCCUCCCCAUCAAAAGGACCACUUGGGAUCUAAACGGGACACUCUCAGAGGAACUUAACAAGCUAAGUGAAGACAAAGAUCCUGCAGCUCCUCAAAUAAGUGAUAAAGAUUCCUCUGAAAAGCCGCUUGAAAGAGAGAACAAUCUUUGGGGCUUCGUGAAAACCAAUCUUUUAGCUGAGGGUGCCGCGGGUACUGCCUCUCCGGUCCCAGAGAGCUCGGGAGUCCCUGGUGUAAGAGGCGGCAAGGUGCAGCCCAGCCACAACAGCUCCCGCCUACAGGAUAUACUGUACGGGAGGGCUAAUGAGUCGCCACGUGCAUCCCCAGCCAGCCAGCAGCAGCAGCAGCAGCAGCAGCGAGCCCACAGCCCCGGCGUAAGUGUCGGGGGCGGCAUGACAUCCACCAAGCACAUGUCACUCCUGGAACGCAAGAAGAAGCAAUGGGAGGAGGAGAGAGCCUUCCUCAACGCCGGCUGUGGCUUCUGGGGACGAGCGCAGCCCACGGAACCCCAGCGGCCGACUCCUCCUACAGACAAGCCUCCUGAUCACCACGUCAAACAGCAACAGAUGCAACAGCAACCCCAGCAAUAUCAAGCGCCGACACAGCAGCAGCAGAUACAGCAAACAUAUCAACCUCCCAAUCCUUAUCGCCAUCCCCAACAGCAGCAGCAACAGGAACAGGUAUAUCAGAAUGGCGCAGCGCAGAGUCAGCCACGCACAUAUCAACAGGCGCCUCACCCUUACCCCCCAAUGUCGGCGCCUCAGCAGCAGCACCACCAGGCCUACCCCGCCGUCACCACGCAGCAGCAGCUGCCAAUGGGCUUUGCUGGAUUUGGCGGAGCUCCGGUGUACGUGGUGCUGCCCUCUCCCGGUGGGGGUAUGGUUCCUUCUGCAGACCCCGGCGGCCCACAACUACAGGAGAUCCUAAGGAAUCUCCCAUACACUCCCAGCAGCCGCGGCGUGACCAUUUAUGAGCUGCCGGAAGGGUCCACACAGAAGACGACGCGGGCGCCAGACUCAACGCCCCCGUCAGCGGCGUCCUCUCAAGGCUCUGUCGGAUCGCGGUGGUCGGCGGCAUCAGGAGGCAGCCACAGUGACGACCGCAGUGCUGGACGGGCGCGCUGGGGAGACAGGGGCGUGGGCGUGGGUCACCUGUGGGCCCCGGGGGAGGACACUGUUCCUGGAAGUCGCGGUGGAGACUCCCUACCGCCGGCGUGGGCUGAGAAAGAGGAGGAAAAUGUCCUGCCCGGAGCGCCUUACUCUAAGCCAGAACAGAGAACCUAUGCGAGGGGCGGAGGGAUGCACCGCAUGGAUCCUGAAGAGUCUGCGGAGAGGGAGAGGCGCAAGAAGCAGGCGGAGGAGACACAGCGGAUCAUAAGACAGCAGCUGGAGGAAAAGAAGAGACAGAAAGCAGUGGAGGAGGAGAGGGAGCGAAGAGAAGCGGCGAUAUGGGAGGAGAGGGUGCGAGAACAGCAGGAGAGAGAGGCCAGGGAAUUACAGGAGGAAAUAAGGAAGAAGAAGGAGAAGGAGGAGGCGGAGGAGAGGCGACAGCAGCAGCUCCAGACGGCCAUCAAGGAGGCAGCGGAGAAGGCGAAGAAGGAGAAGAGUGUGCACAAAUAUGGCCACAUCCGCUCCCUCUCCUCGAGCGCCUCCUUGCCUGAGGUGAGGGAAGAGGGCGACGACCAGCCACCGCCACACACCUCAGGCUGCUCCACAACACCCCGGAGGCGACACCACACCACCCAUGCACGCCCAUCACCACCGCCAACACCUUCCCCUCAGCGGCAGCGACAACAGCAGCUUCAUGAACAAACGAACCCCUCGGAGUCCAGCACGGAGCAGCAGGAAUCUUCUCUCACCCAUCAGGAGCCGUCACGGCCAUCGACCCUGAAGCCACAGCUGAGUGCUGACGCCGACGAGAGGACGCGGCUGCUGCGGACCCUUGGUAUCGCCCCCGAAAUGCUGCUGGCAUCCUCAGGCCUUCUGGACCGCAGCUCGCUGCUCUCCCUCCUGCAGGCCAUUACUGGUCAACAACGCCUUAUCUCCAAUGCCCCCAAUGAUUAUGCAGGCGACUAUGUCACUGACCGCAUUAUCACCCCCACCAAGUACCGCGGGCCGCCCUCCAGGGACUGUGGCAUCCAGUGUGACGACUCUCUCCCUGACCGGAGAACCAGUCCACGGAGAGAGUCCAGGCGGCGUCUUAGCAGGAAAACUGCAUCACUGCCUCGUGACAGUGGCCAGAGCAGUGACGCACGGCCACCCUGGGGACACAACCAGAGUGACAGGCCGUACAGGAAACAGUCUGAGAAGGAUCCAUACUCCAACAGGCGACUGAGGCGACGCGCUGCCAGGUCUUUGAGUCGCUGUGAGCGAGAUACACCCUCCGAGGAGAGUGACCCGCCGCAGGUUCACCGCCGUCGCCGCAAGACGUGGGACAAGUCUCGCCAGGAGUCCCUCUCCUCAGACAUCUCCAGAUCUCCUUCUCCACGGGACAGGAGGCGAGGUAGCCGGCCCUCUGUCACCACCAAGCAGUGGCCCACCAUCAAGCCCUCUCUCACACCGGCCCUCCACCGCCCACCAACACCAGAACACAGAAGGUCUCCUGUGUCUCCCCACUUUCUGGCACCACCGCCAGAAACACUGGGGAAGGAAGCUAAUGAAGAGGGUGAGCAUGAUCCUCCUUCUGGUAGCCAGAGUCCUCUUGCUGAGAACCCAGUUGACAGCCAGCCUCCUCCUGCUGUGCGCUCCACCUCCCCACCUGUGCCAGCCCUUAUGCGAAAACUCACAGGGCAGUCAUCCUUCGAUGUCCCAGAGUAUCCUCCUGGCACUAUGCCCCCAUUCGUUGAUGCCACCAGUACUGAGGCCCCAGCUGCUGCUGCCAAUGAUGACAGCACUCAAGACACCAAUGAAGCCAGUGCUGAUGCUCCUAGCACUGAGGUGGCCUCACGCCCUUCCAGUCCCCCAAUUCCCACUGUCUUGAAGAGGAUGCAAAGUGCUGACUCUUCACUCACGCUGCCAGAGCUUCCCCAGCCCCCUUCCCGCCCAACCUCCAGGCCACCCUCAGCUAAUGGUCUUUCUCCAGCCAAAUGUCUGUCUGCUGGUGGGCUGACGACAACCAAAGGUGCAACUCUGCCAGGACGAGGGAGGGCAGAGAGUGCAAGGAGUGCACGGAGUAGCAGCCAGCCACCCUCGCCCACUUCCCGGCCGCCCACCCCCCGCCGCCUGCCUCCCAUGAUUCCCUCUAAAAGUGAGGAGGUGGUGUCCAUGCCUGGGCAGGAGAAUGCGCUCCGCCCCAGCUCUCCACCAGUUCCUGCCCUUGCCAGGAGACUGUCUGCCACCUCUCGUAUUGGACAGCUGCCCCCUGACAACAGUGUGGACCGGCAGCUGACACCCGUGGAGACGCCAGGCUCACCCCGUCACCAGCCGGCUGCCUCCUCCCCAGCCUCUGCUGCCACUUCAGGUGUGUCCUCCAGGCCGGGCAGUGCCACCUCGGGGCAGGAGGAGGAUGUUCGUACAGUCAGCGUCACCUCUUCAGGUUACGAGUCUGGUAGAAGGUCAUCAGGGGAGCCCAAGUCACUGUCUGAACCUUUAGUCUCCCCAGACAAGUGGGUCAUCCUCAAGUCUCUUUCUUCACUGCGCCAGAACCUGUGGCGGCGACACCAGGAGUUGUCUCAUCACCCAGACUCGGAUGGCUCCUCCUGACACACAGCUGCUGCUCCGGUGACCCCCACCGAUGGCCUUCCAGACCUGCCCCCUCAAGAGAAACCAGAUUCUCUUCCCCUUCCCUCUUCUUCUGCAUUCCUGCCUCACUUCCAUCAGCAAACAGACUUCAUCCCUCUUGACGCUUCCCCUUUCUCACAACACAGCCGGGACUCCUCACCCCUGGAGGAGUAUGCCUAUCCUGUUCCUCCGCUGUCACAAAAGUCAUCCCCUCCAGCAUCACCUCCCACAACAGCCUCAUCAGAACAGCCACCUCAGCCUCUGUCUCCUCUGAUGUCUGAGAGGCACAAUGUCUCUUCAGAGUCUUCCUCCCUGAGUCCUUCAAACAACAGCUGCCACCCUAACUCAUCUUGCCACUCCCCAGCAAGUAACAGCUCCCUGGAAGUUCAGUCCUCACCACAGUCCUCCUCCCCUCAGUUAUCACCCCGCCAAAUUCCCUCACCUCCUCUUACUCCACUUUCAACCCCCAAGCAGCCUGACUCCCAGCACCUUGCUCCUAAAAUGCCACUAGUUCACCUUGCAUCCCCAAGACUCUCAACGCCUCACAUUCCUCCCCUUUACCUGAACACACCUCAACACGAACCUUUGUUACCCAUAUCCAUUGCUCCAACUGCCAUGGAACCCCUACAAUCUUGCAAAGCCAACUAAACAUUUUCUUCCUUCCCUUUACCCUUACCUCUGUUACAGUGAAGGAAAGGUCCCAUCAUUUCACCGGAGUGGUCAUGCAACAAGAACAGUCCUUCUUCAUGUUUUGUAAGGACAAUAACUUGUAGAUCUGGGCAGCGACAAAUAAGUGGAAACCUUAUUGCCUCGCAUAUCAUGGUGGCUCUUCUAAAGUGUCAUCCCAAAUUGAAUAAGGAGUUCCCAUUCCACUUUAAAAUGAGGCAAUAUUUUUUCUCUUUUGAGGAAAAAUUCAGUGUUAGAUAACUCUAUGAGGACCAGAAAUAGCAAGUACCAGCAAAUUCCUCUUCCCCCUGACCCACUCACUUUGAGGCCAAAUUAGGUAAGAUGGUUUGUACAGGAAUGAUUGUUGUGUAAAAUGUUCUAUUCUCAUCAGGACAGACUGGUGAGGAAGUGAGAAUCUUAUGUAAAUAGGUGUGUAUGUGUACGUGUGUGUGUGAGAGAGAGGUCAAGGAGCACCCAGCGCGUAGCCAUUCUACCGCCAGGGUCGCCAUUACAACCAUCACCUGACUGAUCCCAAACCUUACAUCUUGGGCCAAGCAUUGCUGUGAUCAUUGGCAUAUCAUUAUACCUAAAAACAUGGCUGUAGUUUGACAGCCUUGUACCAACACAGCUUCCCAUAUGCCAAAGAGCUGUGUGUGGUUUGGAUCAAGCAAUGCUCCCGAGAAACGUCUCUGUCAUCUCUCGCAUCAGGCCACAUUGCCUCAUUUUCUACAUCAGAAUGGAUUAUAGUUUUCAAGAAUUUCAAAAGUUCAUCAAUGAAACUUUGAGAGACAAUGUCUUUCAGUAAAUUCUAGUAUGAGAGAUCUUGAGAAGUCUAUAUUAUCAAAACACAAGUGUAUUUAUUGGCAGAUUUUCUACACAGUAGUUCUGAGAAGUGGCAACAGAUGAGCGAGAAGUGAAUCUGAGACCAGCCUGUGAGGGUCCUUUUGUGGGGGACAAGCCAUGCUUCUUUCCUAGUGACCAGGAAAGAUGGCUCAAAGUCUAUUUUUAUAGUGUAUAUAAUAAAGUUCUUUAAUUCAGA